UAGAAGAGCUUUUCUGUGCAGCAGUGUGGAAGUGGAGCUCUUUCUGCAGGUGACCUGAGCCAUGCCAAACAGAGACAGCUACAGGUCACACUCUCUUAAUGCUUCAGGGGGAUUCUGUCUGUGACUCUUCUCAUCUUUUAUGAUCCUUCAAAAAUCAAUGCAUGUCAUCUCAAACCUGCCUACACCAUUAAACAUUGCGUGCAUAAGGGCCUGAGUUUCAACCUAAAAAACACACUCAACAUGACUAUCACCAUUCAGAACAUCACAGCCACCUCUGCCAUUGUGAGCUGGCCGUCAUCUCCAGGCUGCGUGGACACGUUCUACAGCAUCAUGUAUCACCCUAACUGGAACAGCCUGCUGAUGGGUUACACACGCAAGAGCUUCCUGCGGGAGGACAGGGUUCCCGUGAGCCAGACGUCCACCAGUCUGGGCAACCUCAGUCCACAGACCACUUACAUCCUCUGCGUCACCUGCCAGUCCGCCAACCCCACCAGAGAGCAGUGCCAGGUCUUCAGUACCCUAGAUGAGGGCAAUGAGCUCGGAGAGAGCGGCAGGGAGCUGGCGAUGGGCGUCUGGCUGGCCAGCAGCAUCCUGUUGCUGAUCAUUGCUGUGGCUCUGCUUUGGGGAUGUCUGCACACCAUGUGUCCAGCCAAGAGGGACCCAGAAAGAGGCAGCCAGUCAGGUCCGAACCCUCCACACCUGGCUCUGACCCCCAUGGGUGGGAACAUGGGAAGCGAAGGAAGAAAAAGUCUGUACACACCCGGCUUUGGCGGGGAAGACUCUCAGGACGCAACAGUGAUUGAGAAUCCUUUCCGAGCCGAGCAUGGUAGAGAAAUGGCGAAGUGGCAGGGUUGUGAACUUCGAACACCAACUAAUAAACAGAGAUUUGGCCCUGGGUCAGAAUAACUAGGGCACCAAAUUUUGAUGCACUGACCCCAAAAAUUCAAACUAUUAGAACUUACACAAUGAGGACAAUCACUGGGGUUCAACCCAUUUUGAGGAAAGGAGACUUGUCAGGGUUAAAUUAGCAUUUAAAUGUAAAAUGAAAAUAUCACCAACAUAUUAAACAAGGAAAUUGAAGGAGUUCAAUUGUGGCUUCGAUACAAUUCUACAAACUGCAGUUAUUUUUUGGUAUGCCUUUACAAUGGUUAAAUUUGUAAACAUAAGUUAAUGCAUUUUGUUUUAGAAUUAAUUUAGGUUUAUAUUAUUUAUUUUUAUUUAUUUAUAACCCCCUCCCCCCCGA